CUGCGGGGCCGGGAGGGCGCGGGGCAGGGGGCGGCGCGGGGCUCCGGCCGCGGGGGGCGCGCGGGCAGCGGGAUGCAGCCGGGACAGUGAGAGCUGGGCCGGGGGCGCCGCUGAGGCCCCAUCACGCCCGCUCGGGACCGCGGCGCGUCGGGCACGAUGAAGGGUCUGGGGCCCGAGUGCUUGGCGGGGGCCGAAGGCGUGCAGCUCCUGGGCGUGCUGAGCCUGUACCUGGAGCAGGAGCAGAGGUUCCAGCCGCGAGAGAAGGGACUGAGUCUCAUCGAGGCCACCCCGGAGAAUGAUAACACUCUGUGUCCAAGAUUGAGAAAUGCCAAAGUAGAAGAUUUAAGAAGUUUAACCAACUUUUUUGGAUCUUGCACUGAAACUUUUGUCCUGGCUGUCAAUAUUUUAGACAGAUUCUUGGCGUUAAUGAAGGUGAAACCUAAACAUUUGUCUUGCAUUGGAGUCUGUUGCUUUUUGCUGGCUGCUAGAAUAGUUGAAGAAGAAUGCAAUAUUCCUUCUACUCAUGAUAUAAUCCGGAUUAGUCAAUGUAAAUGUACCGCUUCUGACAUAAAACGGAUGGAAAAGAUAAUUUCGGAAAAAUUGCACUAUGAAUUGGAAGCUACUACUGCCUUAAACUUUUUGCACUUAUACCAUACUAUUGUAUUUUGUCAUACUUCAGAAAGGAAAGAAAUUCUGAGCCUUGAUAAACUAGAAGCUCAACUGAAAGCUUGUAACUGCCGACUUACCUUUUCAAAAGCAAAACCAUCUGUUUUAGCUUUGUGCCUUCUCAGUUUGGAAGUAGAAACUUUGAAAUGCAUUGAAUUAUUGGAAAUUCUCCUGCUUGUUCAAAAACAUUCCAAGGUUAGUGACACUGAAUUCAUUUACUGGAGGGAAUUAGUUUCUAAAUGCCUGGCAGAAUAUUCUUCUCCUGAGUGUUGCAAACCAGAUCAUAAGAAGUUGGUUUGGAUUGUUUCACGACGCACAGCCCAGAACCUGCACAACAGCUACUAUAGUGUCCCUGAGCUGCCCACAAUUCCGGAGGGGAGUCGGUUUGACGAGAGCGAAAGUGAGGACUCCUGUGAAGAUAUGAGCUGUGGCGAGGAGAGUCUCAGCAGUUCUCCCAGUGAUCAAGAGUGUGCAUUUUUUUUCAACUUCAAAGUGUCACAGACGCUCUGUUUUCCAUCUUAGGAACCUCGUGGUUCGGUGUCAGAACUUCAAUUAUGUGUACAGGUUUCAAAGCAAUAAGUGGGCGAGUAGUUUUCUGGUCCAGUCUCAUCUAGACAGGAGUUGUGUAGACUGGAAAACCUACCUUCUAUUUAUUAUUCAGAUCAAAUCUGGCCUAUUUUCAUAUUUAAUCCUAAGCCAUCAAAUGGGUUAGUGCCUCUUAAACAGGACUUUAGACAUUGGCACUUUAUUUUUCUCGCUGAUCUUUAGCUAUUUGGGGGAGGAGGGAAGGUACCAAUAUCUUCAAUUUACUACUUUUCAAGAAGAUUUUUAAAAUGAAUAGUGUCACUUUUUAUAAAACCUCCAGUGUCUUUGUUUAAAAAGAUUGGGAAUGUGCAAGUGCUUCGUUUCCCCACGCAGGGAUGUCGGAUAAUCCUUGAAUGGUUAUCUUAACUCAUCCUCCUCCUAUUCUCAGAACAGAGAAGAUACUCUUAAAUGUCAGACAUCAUUUUUGUGAUCAAUGUACUAUCUGAUGCCACUCUGUAAACAGGAAUUUUAGUAGUGACAUUUCUGUGAGUUUCAAUUGAAGUCUGCUGAAGCAUAACAAACAGGCGAGCAUUCUUAGGUAUUUGCGUUCUUUAGUUUGUAAGUAUUGUCUGUCAGUAGUAUUAUUUUCAUGUUACUGAAACAAUCCAUAAUCUGCUAGUUUUGCAUGCACCUGUGUGAAUGCAGUGCAAGAAGAUAGAACUAGGUAACUAUGGGAUUGAUAAAUGUUGAUCUAGUAGCACAUCUUAUAUUAAAUUUUCUUCUAUUAAAUGUCUGCAUGGUUAGGUUAUGUUUUACUUCCUUUGUAAGUCACAUUUCAAAAAUGAUGGAAUUUAGUAUAUGGGUGCCAAGAAUGAAUCUGAAGUUUUAAAGAAAACCUAAGUGUUCGUAGAAUUAUAGUUUUAAGCAUAUCUCUGUGGUGGAAUAACCAGAAAAUAAGGGUUAUAAACUCUGUACACAUGAGAUUUUGUACAGAGAACUUUUUUAACUUUAUAAAAUGUAUAUGAAAAUGUAAAUUUUUAAAAGUGUACAUAAAAAAUACAGUAUUUUUUUACUUUGUGUGAUAGUCUAGUCAUUGCAUGUAAAUAUAAUUUAUUGUGUAUUCUGUAUCAUACAUUAAUUAAUGACUUACAUUUUUAAAAACUGGUAAGUCACACCUGUUGGAUGUUUUCUGAAGUGAAUUUUUUCGAUGUAAUUGAACUCAAUAAAAAUAUUAAUGAAUUGUA